AUGGAGUUCAUCCUCCACAGUUUUAAGAUAAGCAACACUUUGGAUUACACAGUGGAGAUAACUCCAGAAAUAUUUAACCCCUAUGGGUUCAAAUGUGGUGACGGAACCAAGCAGACUCAAGCUCUUGAAGAGUGAGAUAAUGGAGCAAACAAUGGUGACAACAGCGUCAGUAGUAAUAAUGUUGAUUGUGAUGAGAAUUGCUUCCUAGGAUACUCUUAUAGUUGAGAUGACAGUAUCCCAAAUUCUUGAUUUCUUGCUAUCUGUGGAGAUGGAUUCUACUCUCCCAGCGAGGCUUGAGAUGAUGGAAAUAAUAUCAAUGGAGAUGGAUGUAGUAAUUCUUGUGCCAUAGAACCAGGAUAUCAAUGUUACGGAAUAGAUAAUCAAACCUGAGAACCUUUGUCACAGAACAAUGUGAUGAUGGAAACAUUAUUACAGGAAAUUGGCUGAGCUCUUGACUGAACCUUCGAAACUGACUUCGCCUGAACUGGUCAAGGAGCAGCAACUCAGUGCUCAAGAGUAUGUGGAAAUGGUAUCUUGCUUGCAAGUGAUGACCUCACUACUUCAUGUGAUGACGGGAAUCUUGAUGAUGGUGACGGAUGUGAUAGUAAUUGUGCGAUAGAGACAGGUUACACCUGCACUUCCAUCAACCUUGCUACAAGUGUCUGAGAACCUAUUUGUGGUGAUGGACUUAGGCUUGACUCAGAAGCUUGAGAUGACAGCAACCUUGAAGAUGGAGAUGGAUGUAGUUCCAACUGAACUAUUGAAGACAAGUCUAUGUGUGUAGACCAGACUUCCUCAGAAAGCGCCCAGCAAAUGUCAUCUGGGUCACAGGCAGUUUCAGGAGUGAGUGCUGGUGCAACAAUAGGAGUGUCGCUGCUUAACUUAUCAUCUCUGGCAGCCAUCUGGUCCAUUGUAAGCCAGCUUCAGCUAUUUUUGCUAUUAUUGCUGACUAAGACUCCAUUCCCAGGUGAUGUCAAAGCUUUGAUUCUUGGAAAUGAACUCAUGCAGUUUAAUCUGGAUGUAUUACCAGUCAGAAGUUUGCCGAAGAUGCCUGAAGUCAUGGACUGGCUCAAGAUCGAUCAAGACAAUGCCUACCUUGAAACCAUCGGAGUUGAGUCAAGCACAAGUCUGCUCAACAAUUUUGGGUUUGCAUUGUGUAUGCUCUUGAUGCUGACUCUGUAUCCUUUAGUGAUGACACUGAAGCUGUGAGUAGACUACGGAAACGAAAAGAAAUGUAGUCUGAACUACCUGAUGAUUUUGGUGAUUGACUUGUUCAACUUCACAAUCUAUAUCAGGCUCAUACUCGGAGGAUUCCAGCUGUUGCUCAUCUGCUGUAUAUCAGAAGUGAUCAAAUUUGAGCUAGCAAGCAUCCCCAACAUCAUAUCGAUGGUGUUUUCAGUAUUGAUACUAGCUGUCUGAGUUGGAACAAUUGUUCUUUCUUUCUAUAUCUUCUAUUCAAAGAGAGAUUUCCAUGACCCUGACAAGUACUACAAACUCAACGAGUUUAUUACUGGGCUCAAGAACACCAAAUAUGCAAGGAUCUAUCCUUUUGUGGGCUUAGUGAGGAGAACCAUAUUUGUGACAUGGCUGCUGACAUUCACAUGGCUUGAAUGUGUGUAUUUGACAAUUAGCAUGAUGAUAGUUCAGAUAUUCUUUGUGAUCAGUCUUGUCAUCCUUAGACCCUUUGAUAGCCUAGAGAACAACUUGAUUGAAAUUAUCAAUGAAAUCAUUUACACCUGCUUGUUAUCUAUAAUGAUUGCUUGUGAUAAAGUAGAUGAGUGGUCAAGCACAAUCACAAACACAUUCUGCUACAUAAUCCUUUCAAACUCAUUGAUCAUUACUUUCAUAAUGAUAGGCGCUUUGCUAGUUUCCCUAUGCCAAAAAUGAGGUAAGAAGAACCAUACUUCAAGACUUCACCCAGUACAUCAAAUCCAAGACUCUCCUCUUAAUCCCUUCCCUCCAAACCCUACAUCCCGCCACCCCAAAACUCCCAGGCGCGUCUACAAGCUCGACUCUGAACUAUCAAGCAUCAAAAUAGUCUCCACGACCAGCAACCAGAACAUGUCUGAACUGUUCGACAGAGCUGCCCAAAGAUUACACAAGGCCAAGCAGCAGCCCAUACAGAAUAUUCCUGAACUCACGUAGCUUUUUAGUUUGACCUAAAAGUCUUGUUCAUAGUGCAAAA